AUGUCAUUUAUAAUGUGAAAGAUCGUGUGGUGUAGAACACAAAUCUGAAAGCCAUCCAGAAAUUAUUCAUUUUUGUUUACAACGUACGAUACAUAGUACUCGUCAUUAUACAUAAUUCAAGAUCAAGUAAGAUAGAAAUAAUAUGGUGAUAAAGAAGAUAUGUUGCAUGGGGGCAGGGUAUGUUGGAGGUCCCACAUGCUCGGUGAUUGCCCUCAAAUGUCCUGAGGUCACUGUCACUGUCGUCGACCUCAGCCAAGCUCGGAUAGAUGCAUGGAAUUCCUCUGAUUUCAAGCUGCCUAUCUAUGAGCCAAGUUUGGAGAAGGUUGUAAGAGAAUGCAGGGGAAGAAACCUUUUCUUCUCAACCGAUGUUGAUUCUGCAAUCCAAGAGGCUGAUCUCAUAUUCAUUUCGGUCAACACUCCUACGAAGACAUUUGGAUUAGGCAAGGGCAGAGCAGCAGACCUGAAGUACAUUGAGGCAGCAGCACGUCGUAUUGCUGAUGUAGCUACCUCGGAUAAGAUAGUGGUUGAAAAGAGCACAGUACCAGUCAAAGCUGCACAGAGUAUACAGAGAAUACUCACAGCAAAUACCAAGCCAGGCUGCAGAUAUGAGGUGCUGUCCAAUCCAGAGUUCCUAGCAGAGGGGUCGGCCAUCAAGGAUUUAUUGGAACCAGACAGGGUACUCAUAGGAGGGGAUACUUCUCACAGCGGACUAAAGGCCAUUGAUGAACUUGCAUCCAUCUAUGUGAACUGGGUACCAAAGGAUCGUAUCAUCAAGACAAAUACGUGGUCUUCGGAACUCUCCAAGUUGGCUGCCAAUGCAUUCUUAGCUCAGAGAAUUUCCAGCAUCAACUCGAUCAGUGCAGUAUGUGAGGCAACGGGCGCUGACGUGAGCGAGGUAGCACAUGCCAUCGGUAUGGACUCUAGGCUAGGACCAAAGUUCCUCCAAGCAAGUUUAGGUUUCGGGGGUAGCUGUUUCCAGAAGGAUGUUUUAAAUCUUGUGUACCUCUGUGAAGCCUGCAAUAUACCAGAAGUGGCACAAUACUGGCAGCAGGUGAUUGACAUGAAUGAUUACCAGAGGAGGCGGUUUGCCAACAAGAUCAUCGCUUGUCUGUUCAACACGGUGACAGACAAGAAGAUAGCCAUCCUUGGCUUUGCCUUCAAGAAAGAUACAGGUGACACAAGAGAGUCUUCCAGCAUCUACCUCAGUAAAUUCCUGAUGGACGAGGGCGCCAAACUCAGCAUUUACGACCCUCAGGUCGCGCCUGCUCAGAUUUUGUGUGAGCUUACCAACCCCAGUAUAUCAGCAGAUCCUGAAAGAGUUGAGAAGCUUGUAACCAUACACUCAGAUCCCUAUGAGGCUCUGAAGGGAACCCAUGCAUUUGUGGUUUGCACAGAGUGGGAUGAAUUCAAGGAUUACGACUACCUACGUAUCUACAAAGACAUGCUCAAGCCUGCCUUCGCAUUUGACGGCAGACGACUCCUUGACAGCUCCCUCCUCGAGAAUCUCGGCUUCCACGUAGAGGUCGUAGGUCGUAAGAGCUGGAAGAACGGUAUCCUACCCGUCACUCCAUAGAGGAGAUUGUUAUCCUUUCUCUGUGGUAUAAAGUGUUUAUAUCUUAUUGACGAAAAAUGCCAAACAGCACAAACUCAUUACCUUCUAUAUCCAUUCUAACUCCAUAGAGUACAACAUGUCCUGUUCAGUAUUCAGUAGAUGUGGCAUUAUUCUAUUACAAAUGUAUAGAUUUUGUUUAGUUGUGUGCCUUUUAUAUAACUGUAUCAUGCAAUACAACUCUCUUUUUAUACCAAACAAAUUGUAGUUCUGGCAGAUGUGUUUCCUGUGCAAGUACAUGUAUGUAUACUUCAUUGUAGAAUAAUCAUGUAUUUUUUAAUAAUUUUGUAACUUUAAGGAAUUUGGGAUACUGGUAUAGAUUAAGAAACAAUAAAGUUAUAUCCUUGACAGGAAUUUGAGUGUUUUUCUAUUUUUGCAUUUGUUUUACAUGAACCAGAUUUUCAUUGUAGAAUAAUCGUGUAUAUUUAAUUUUGUAACUUUAGUGAAUUUGGGAUAUACAGUGUAAAUGUUAUGCAUUUCAAAGCAAUUAUUAUGUUGUUGUUAUGUUUGUAAGUUGCUGUAAGUGUGUGCUCUAUGGCUUCAAAAGAGAUAUAUCUCUUUUCUUUUUGUGACCAAAUUAAGCAUUGUUUGUUUUGUAUUCAUAUGCCUUUUAAGCUAUGAAUAAUUUAAUAUAUGAAAGAUAAGAAUGUUUUAGUAGCAAUUAGCAAAUAUAUAUAUUUAUAAAAUUAUUGAUGUAAUUUAAGGGCAGAUGACAAUGGGUGAAUAUUUCUCUUAAAGUAUGAAUCUAGAAUUUAUUUGAUAAGCUAUCCUAGAUUUAUUUGCAGAAGACUUUCUCACGAAGCCUUACCAUCUAUUAACAUUUGUCUACACUUUGAUAGUGGGAUAAAAGGUCUGUGACAUGUACAUGUACAUACAAUAUGUACAAAGUAUACAUCUACAUGUGUAAAACGUUGUAGCUACAAGUGCAUCCUUGUGGUUAUUCAAUGAGGCAAAAUGUCUCAUUAUUUUCCUACAAAAAGAGCUUCCAAAAACAAUUUCCCUGAUCAUAUCUCCCACUUAUCUAUAAAAUUUCCUUGCAUUUUUCUACUAUUCUAAAGAAAACUGAGCAGUUCCUGUUACUGACAAAUAGAUGACACAUUAGUGCCGUAUGCAGCUAUGUAGAAUUUAAAGGGGGAGUAUGCAGUAACUCUAUAUGAACAGAUUAAAGUAAAAUAGUAUUAAUUUUGUCAUUCCACACUUUGUGUAAGGUAAUUUAAUAUGAUUUAUUGAAUGAAGACCAAAUUGAAUCAUGAACGUGUAUGUUUAGAAAUUAGAUGGAUGUUACAAUGUGUAUGUAUUAUUUAUGGUGUUAUUUCCAAUACCUUUUAUCCCAUUUUGAAUUUGUGUUUUUAUACUAAAAUGUAAUUUAUUUAAAAUGGGAUAUACAUCACCUUGAA